UAAAGCUACAACCAGCCACUCUGAUCAGCAUGUUCAACAAGAUUCGACGAAAAGUUUCCAGAAGGCCACCAGAGUGAACAAAAUAAGAAAAUGUCGUUACGCGGUGUAGCGCAGGGGAGUCUGUAUGGGCUGGUUGACAUGGGAAGCAAUGGAAUACGCUUCUCCAUCACAGACCUGAGUCCAUCAACCGCUCGUUCACUGCCAACGGUAUAUCAAGAUCGCGAAGGCAUUUCACUCUAUGACGCACAAUACUCGUACGCGGGAGGGGCGAAGGGACCGAUCCCGCAAGAAAUCAUCGACGCAGUGGUGACUUCAUUGCUCAAAUUCAAGACCACCUGUGCCGACUUUGGAGUUCCCGGAACCAAUAUCCGUAUCUUGGCCACCGAAGCAACACGAACGGCCGACAACUCAGAGGAUUAUCGUCGGCAGAUCCGUGAGGCUACAGGAUGGGAAGUCGACUUGUUACCCAAGGAGAUCGAGGGAAGAAUUGGAGCGCUUGGGGUUGCCAGCUCGUUCGAUCAAGUGAGUGGCUUGGUCAUGGACCUAGGAGGCGGCAGUACGCAAAUCACCUGGAUGAUAGCACAGGAUGGUAAAGUGCAAACCAGCCACAAAGGUUCAUUCAGCUUUCCCUAUGGGGCAGCGGCCAUGACUCGACGACUCGCUGAAAUUCAACUCCAGCGUGACGGUGCAAAAGCUCACGCUGAGCUCCAGGAGACAAUGAAGCAGGAAUUCCAACAGGCUUAUCGAGACCUCGAACUGCCAGAGUCGCUCCAAUAUCAAGCCAAACACGGCGGAUUGACCCUGUACUUAUCCGGUGGUGGGUUCCGAGGAUGGGGUUAUUUGCUCAUGUCUCAACAUCGGGUAUCUCCAUAUCCCAUCCCUAUCAUCAAUGGCUUCAGUGUACAGAAGAGAGAAUUCCAGCAGACGGCGACAAUCAGCACCGUUGCGGCCGAGGAGUCGGUCUUUCGCAUCUCAAAGCGAAGAGCAGCUCAGGUACCUGCAGUGGCUUUCUUGGUCAAUGUCCUUGUGGCGGCACUUCCCAUGAUUCAGAAUGUCCGUUUCUGUCAGGGAGGAGUCAGAGAAGGGUUUCUUUUCGACACGUUAGAUCCAGCCACCAAAGCCCUCCAUCCUCUCCAGGCCGCCACUGCCCAGUAUGGGCCCAAUUCAGCCGAAGAGAUUGGUCGACUCCUUCUAUCAGGCCUUCCUGGAGAGAAUGACCUUGACCGCCACGUUCCACCCUCGUUCACCCGCUCGUUCAUCCGGUCGGUGGCUGAUAUGAUGUAUUUGCAUUCGCCUUUACCCAAAGAAUCACGAUCAACGGCUGCAAUGCAAGCGCCCUUGGUUGGGGUUCUGGCGGCAGCCCAUGGUAUUUCCCACACGGAUCGCGCACUGCUCGCCCUUGUUCUCUGUCAACGGUGGAACGUCGACCUGGCCCCUCCAAACUCCCACACCGAACAGCGACUUCGUGCCAUUCUGACUCCACAGGAAGUUUUCUGGACGAACUAUCUUGGCGCACUGGCUUUGUUGGUGGGUGAUGUGUAUCCCGCGGGCCAGGUGAAUUCGAAACAGCCGCGCUUAGAGUUUCAUGCUCGCUGGACGUCGGGUCUGGGGAAGAAGGGGCUUCAGGAUGGUGUAGCGCUCGUCAUCAAGUGUCGCAAGGAUGACCAUAUGACGUCGCCGGCGGUGUUGAAUCGUUCUAUCAAGGAGGUUGAGGCUGUAGGAAAGAAGAAGAAUCGAGUGGGAGGUAAGGAGCAUGGGUUUGGUGUUCCAAUUGAGGUGGAUGUCCAGCGGGUUCUGGGUUGAUCGAUAGGUGAUAUUGGAUGGCUGCCGCAAAGACCGUUGAUAUUGGGUCGGGCCAGAUGCAUCUGAGACAGAUAUGGAGGCGGAUGGCCGUGUGAAUACAGGAACAAGAGGACAAAGAAAAGGUGAUUGUCUUCAUGAUUUGGAUCGAUUUCCAGCAGGGAUGAAUGGUUGUCUUGAAGAAUGAUGGGAACUGACUGAUUGUGAUCGAUACCAUCAAAGACACGCGAGUCAUUCACUCACUAUCAUUCACUAUCUCGGACUCAGUCUUCACCUCAAGUCACGCGACAAAAUUCGCUCUAUAACGCGCGGGGUCUCAGAAUUCUCUUCCAAUAUCAAGGUGACGUGGUGCAGUCGGUGAGCACAUCCUCCCUACGGGUUGCCAACCUCAAAGAAGCCGUCGGUACCCCUUCCGCCCACAGUCCCCAUCUAUCCCCACUUGUGUACACCGGCUCGGGCCCGUGCUGGGGUGUGCUGUUUACAACAUUGAGCUGGGGUGUGCUUUUCACAUCAUUGAGCUGGGAUGUGCUGUUCGCAACAUUGCCUGGGCCGGGAGUCCUUGUGGGGGUAUUUGGGAUGUAUGGGGGCGGAAGGGGACAAUACCGACGCGCGGACUUGAGUGGCAAAGGGGUGAGGAAGACCU